UCUUACGCCAGCGGAGUACUAACAAGUCGAGAAACUUGACUGCAAACAGAUACAUAUGCUCGAAAAUCGCGGUGUAUUCUUCAGUGAAGCACCGAAAGUAAACGCGUGAAGAUCGUGUGUUCAGUCAUAAUGGCCAGAGUAGACAGCGUGUUGUUAACCGUAGCCGCCCUUUGCUUCACUGCUGCAACGGCCCAACAGAACUUGCCUGUAAACCAGCAAUGUCUGGGUUGCAUAUGCGAAGCCAUUUCUUCCUGCGACACCAGCGACGGCUGCUCGGGUAACGUUUGUGGCCCUUUUAGAAUAACCUGGGCUUACUGGGCCGAUGCUGGGAAGCCCACCGUCAACAACGAAUCUCCCGAAGCCGCCUCUGCCUACGCUAAUUGUGCCCGUGACACCUACUGUUCGGCCCUGGCAGUGCAAGGAUACAUGAAUAAAUUCCAACAGGAUUGCAACGGUGACGGCAAAAUCGACUGCGACGACUUCGUUACCAUCCACAAGCUGGGUGGUUACGGGUGCAAAGGUGGGGUCAUCACAGGAAUCUAUCAGCAGCGGUACCAACAGUGCAAAGCGCUAGUUGGUGGUAUUUAAUUCAAAUUAAAACUAAGUCAUUUGUAAAGUGUAAGCUGUGAACUGUUCUUUUUAUACUUAAUUAUAGAGCUAAUAAACGGUUAAUAGUCAA